AAACACAAAAUGAAUUACAAAUAAAAUGAUAUAACAACAACAUCGUCAUUAAUAAGUGUUGUGGGAAUAACCUGUUAGCAGUGAAUGCCAAAUUGCUUCAUGCUUCCAGUGUAUCACGCAAUCCGUGGGAGGCAAAGGCAGAAAAUACGCCCCAUAUCAAAGUGUAGUAGCAAUCUGAAUCUCAACCGGCGUUAGUCUCAGCUUAGAACCCACAGCGACAAUAUGUCUAGUAUCGAACGAAACAUUCUUCUCCUAGCACUGGCGGUAAGUGCAAUAUCUGCAUUAGGAGAAGGGGCUGACACGGAACAGAUCAUUUCGGAAAUGGAUGAUUUCCAGCCGGGCAAUGUGCUGCCCGGUAAAGACAUUUGUGGAUUCUAUUUACCUUCUUCUAUUGACGGGACAAACGCAAACUUAGGUGGUUUUCCAUGGAUAGCGCGUCUGCAGUAUAAAAAUUGCGAAAAUUUAAGCACACUAUCAGCCCUGUUUUUGUUUUUACUUUACAACUUUUUACUCUAAUUCGUAAAAAGGUUAAAUUACUUGCUACGCUAUAUAGCAAAGUUUUUCGCAAUUUUGUUACAUCGAGGUGGAAAAGACUAUCGUCUAUGAAAAACAUGGACCAGAGGAAUGAUAUUGCGUCCCAAUGAUGCAUCGUCUCCGGCGAUCGUAAGGUAGUCCACCUUGCUGGUUUUGACUCCCACAGACUGAGUCCGUGUGGACUAAAGGGCUGGCCCUGGAUACAACAGAAAUUGGAGGCAUAAUCAAUAGCAUACAUCUCUCAUAUUAAUCAACUUGUCAAGAAUGAAUUACAACUUAAAAAGCUUUAAAGGGUUUGGUUUUUCUUGAUUUAAAACGAUUUAAUAAUCCAAGAUGGCCUCGAACUGACUUUGAUAAUUUUAAAAAAACCCAAAAAUUUAAUGAGCCCUAUAUCCUGAAAAAAACUGCUAUUAAAUGUGAUUGUCCUUAAAAAUAAAUUCUAAUAUAUGCAAUAGAAACCUAGCGUUGCUCAACUGUAUUUGUGUUCAGGAAAUGGAAAAUGGCUGUUUUAACCCACAUGCAACUUCAAUUACUACUGGUUUAAAUAAAGAUCAGACGUAAGAAAGGGACGACAGGCGAUAAUGAUUAGAUUUACAAUUGGGAUUAUCGUGUGGCACAACAAAUAGGCUUUGCCACCAAAAUACCAUCAGACCGAAUCAAAACAAAACAUCCAUCAAAGUACGGCGAGAAAACAAAAGCGAGGGAAUAAAAUAAAAUGGAAAGGAAAGGUGGGGCGGAAAAAGUGGAAAAAUUAAAAUGGGAAAUGCUCGAGCAAACCGCGGGCCUAAGACAAAAGAUUUACAAUAUCGCUGGGGAAGAUUUAAAGGUGAUUUCCAAAGAUAUAUAUUGUGCCUGAGCAGCGAUAAAUAAACACAACUUUUUGACUAUUUUUAUUUCGGUCUCUCUUAUUUUAUUUUUUUGCUCAAUUCCGUCCUACUCGGCAGGCAUAUUGUCAAUGGAAAAGUGGCUGCCAUCGAGACAACUGGGGGAUGGGUUGGUAGACUUUCCACUAAAAGUGUCACAUUAACGAAUUGUUUGUCGGCUUUCCUACAGUUAAUUUAUGCCUCGCACUAAUCGCUGGCCAGGUAGAAUCGAAUUUAUUUGAUUUCUCUAUAAGCGAAAUAAGCCUUUCACAAACACGCAAUUCAUUGAGCGGAAAAUCCGUGAAAACUCACCCAAAAUAUUGGGGGCGUGGCCUGUUUCAGCGUCCUUCUGCCUUGGACAACCGCCAAUGUCGUCUAAUGGCGGGGCGCGUCUAAAAAUAGGAACCACUCGAGAGCACCGCCCGUUAGCCACUCAAAACGCAGCGGCAUCCGCGCUCCGAGAGGAUGGCGUGCACAUCUGGGGUCCCCAAAAUCAACGAGAUCAUCGAGAUCCCCGAGAUCCGUUCUUCGAUAUUGUCACCAAAUGUGUUGCGAUUGCGGCGGACGGCGGUACGUACUCUCUGCGGCUCGCAAAUCGGCGUAAAUCGGGAGUUACACAUUGAAGUGGAAAAAGUUUUACCAAAUUUUUAAACAUACUACAAAAAAUAAUAUCGUACUCAUUACAAAAUAAUUCAAAUAAAUACAAAGCUGUCUCUUUAACCUCGAGUUACGAGUAACAUUUUUUUAGACAUAGAAAUGCGGGUUUGAAAAGUGCACUUAUGUAAACGACAUUUCAAAGUAACAAUUUAAUCCUGUGUUAAAAAACGUAAAAAAGUGAAUCAAACAUAACAUAACAUUCAUAAAACUUAACUGAGAAAACUACUUCAAACUUGGUUGCAAUCUUAAGUAAACAACUAUUUAUACGAAAAUAAUAAAAGAAAAGUUUAAUAUUUCCCAAUAAGUUUAUAAAAUAAGAACUAAAAAUAAAUAAAAAACAUAAAUACUUGAAAGUUUUUAUAAAAGCACUCCACAUAACUUUUGGAAACCGAAUAUAUUAUAAAAUUUAAGUGCAGUGGGCCAAAAUGACCAAGUACAAUAGCGGUAGUAGUGAAUUGCCCGCUGGUCACGGCAUCAAGCAGGAGUACAACAACGGCUAUGGCCAGCAAUCUCAUCCUGGUUAUGGAUACAACAGCUAUAGCCAGCACCAGCAACCGGCCGCCAUUCCCAGCCAGAAUCCUCACCAGACGCUGCAGAAUUUCUUCAGCCGCUUCAAUGCCGUCGGGGAUGCCGGUGCGGGAAACAUUGGCUCCACUUCCAUCUCGGGCGCUGGAUCGGGAUCCUCCUGCAACUACAGCCAGGGAAACCAUCCGGCGGAGAUGGACAAACAGCUGGGCAUGACCAUGACGCCUUCGCCCAUCUACACCACCGACUACGAUGACGAGAACAGCAGUCUCAGCUCCGAGGAGCACGUCCUGGCGCCCCUCGUCUGCUCCUCCGCCCAAUCCUCGCGACCCUGCCUCACCUGGGCCUGCAAGGCGUGCAAGAAGAAGAGCGUCACCGUGGACCGACGGAAGGCGGCCACCAUGCGGGAACGCCGGCGACUGAGAAAGGUUAACGAGGCCUUUGAGAUCCUCAAGCGACGCACAUCGUCCAAUCCCAACCAGCGGCUGCCCAAGGUCGAGAUCUUGCGCAAUGCCAUCGAGUAUAUCGAGAGCCUGGAGGACUUGCUGCAGGAAUCCAAUCCUACACGCGAUGGCGACAACCUGGCGCCCAGUCUAAGCGGCAAAAGCUGCCAGUCCGAUUAUCUGAGCUCGUAUGCCGGGGCUUAUCUGGAAGAUAAACUCAGUUUCUACAACAAGCACAUGGAGAAGUAUGGUCAGUUUACAGACUUUGAAGGCAAUGCCAAUGGUUCGAGUUUGGACUGUCUCAACCUAAUAGUCCAGAGCAUCAACAAGAGCACCACGAGUCCCAUUCAAAGCAAGGCCACGCCCUCACCUGCAGAUUCCAAGACGCCGCCCACAUCCGGAGUGCCGCCAUCCACAUCGCUGCAUGCGAACUUCAAGCGGAAAUGCAGCACUUAGCAUUGAGUGGCUGAAACCUUAGGCAAUUGUAAAGAUAAUUUUAAAGCGGAUACACAAGAUACCCAGUGACCCAGAUAGGCCUUAAAUUAUUUGUAUAGCCCUAGCACUUAAUUAAACGGUAAUUCAAACAGCGAA